AUGGCACUGUACUCUGGAGACAGAGAACAGUGCUACACGUCUGAAAAGGCCAGUUUGUUUCCCAAUGAGGAAAAGUACCGAUCGAUCCGCAUCGGAAACCCCACGUUCUCCACCAAGCUGCUGCCCAUCAAAGGAGCUGUGGAGUGCCUCUUUGAGAUGGGGUUUGAGGAGGCUGAGACCCACCUGGUGUUCCCCAGGUCUGCAUCAGUGGAUCAGAUGAAGCUCAUCAGGGACUCCAUAGCAUCAGAAAGAGACCGGAGACUGGGGGGGAGGCAGGCUGCAUCUCCCAUUACUCCCACUUUACCCACUACUCCCACUACUCCCACUUUACCCACUACCUCUCCCACUACUCCCAGCUCGGCCUCAGCUCCAGUGGUCUCUGCACCUCCUCCACCACAGCCUUCCUCCCUGGAGAACAGUAUGAACUUCUUUGCCACCCUGCAGUCUAACUUCCAACACGUGCUGCUGUACGAGAACCUGGAUCUGCAGCAGAAAGCUCUGAGCCGCAUCCCUGAGGAGAGGCUGAGGUCUGAGGCAGAGGUCCAGCUGAGAGGGGCCAGAGCGGAGGAUCCAGACUGUAAACUGGGCCUGGAGGACUUCCUGGUGCUGGAGCUGCUCAGAUGGUUCAAACAGGACUUCUUCUCCUGGGUGGACCACCUGCCGUGCAGCCGCUGCUCAGGAGCCACGCAGAACUCGAACCCUCUGCAGCCCUCUGCUGAGGACCUCCGCUGGGGGGCCCAGAGGGUCGAGAACCACUACUGUCACACCUGCAGGCUCUCCACCAGGUUCCCCAGGUGGAGCCAAUAA